AUGGCACAGGAUUCCUCAGUUUUGUCUCAAGUGGAAGGGAUGCUUGCAAAAUUGGCCUCCCCUCAGCUAAAAAGUUUUGGAUCAGUAUGGAAAGUUGAGAAAGAACUUGGGACACUCUCCGAAACACUGAAGAGAAUUCAAGGAACGCUUAGUCUAGUGGAGAGGGCACCCAGACAGGACCGAUUGGUGAAAACUUACCUGGUAAAUCUCAGAGAAGCGGCCUCCCGUGCCGAUGCAACAUUGGAGGAGUUCAUCAAAGAAAGAGAAAGAAGUAAUAUGAAGAAGCCGGUACGUGAAUUCUUAUUCUUUUCUUUAACCGAAGAAGAACUGUUACGCCGAAAUCAGAUCGGGCCUUUUAUAGAUAAAAUUAACAACAGUCUGGUUGAGAUUGACAAGAGUCUUGAACCCCAUCGUUCCAUGGGAAAUGAUCAUCGAAGCAGCAGGCAAAUUGAAAGGCGUUUGCGAACAGCGCCGGUCAAAAGCACAAGAUUGCCGAGUAGCUCUGCAGUCGAUGAGUCUUGUGUUUUCGGUAGAAGAAAAGAUGCAAAUAGCAUAAUAGAGUAUCUAGUGUCAGAUCAUUAUAAUCGAAGAGAAAUUCCUGUGAUUUCCAUAAUUGGUGAGGAGGGAAUUGGAAAGACAACGCUUGCACAGCUCGUCUACAACGACCCAGCCGUAGAGAAACAUUUUGACAUAAGAGCUUGGGUUUGUGUUUCUGGGGAUUUCUCGGUCGAAAGGUUAACCAGAACGAUCCUGGAGUGUGCAACUACUAAACCUUGUAGACUCAGUAACCUAGACCCAGUUCAGCGUGAGCUUCAAAAUAUACUAAGAGGGAAGAAUUUUUUGCUUGUAUUAGAUGAUGUAUGCAAUUGCAAUCGAAAUGGCUGGGAUGCUCUACGAGCCACAUUUUCUGUUGCAGACGCAGGAAGCAGAAUUGUAGUAACUACUCAGAAUCAAAGUAUUACAUCCAUCAUGAGUCCUAUCUUUACUCAUCCUUUGACAGAUUUGGAGGAGGAAGAUUGUUGGUUUUUGCUCAAGAAACGGGCAUUUGGUGAUGACGAUGGUGAAAUAAAUCCAAGGUUAGAAAGAAUUGGUUUGGAAAUUGUGAAAAAAUCUAACAAGUUGCCUUCGACAUUAACUGCUCUUGGAAAUUACUUGUAUGCCAAAGAAGAUGAGAGUAUUUGGGAAAUGAUCUUGGACAGUGACAUAGAUAACUUUGGAGAAGAACAAUUUAACUUUUAG